AUGUUCAAGUCGCUCUUGCGCUGCAUUCGUCGGUUCUUUAGCCGCCGGAUUUCCAAGCAAAAAGAUGAGGUGACGCGCAGGACGGACCAUGGCGCGAAUAUCGAUAUUGAGGAUGCCUUAGCUGAGCAACUAGAGCUCCAGCGACUGAGUGGCCGGGUGCUGUCGUCCACAGCGAGCAUUGCUGCUGCAUUGCGGAAGCUUCCUCGUGAGGACAUACCUGUGUUUUCGACGCGUUCGAGCAAAGACAAGCAUCGUAAAUCGUCUGAAUCAGCAACUGGGAUUGCUGGGGAUGAAACACCGUGUCUCACGUCUAAAUCUAUAAGCCGAAUGGGUGAGCAACCCGAGGCCCUCUUGGACACCAAGUCACCUGGCGUGGGCUCCUCCAAGUUGAGCAAGAGAGUGCUGUCCGACACGUUUUUUUCUAGUCAUGGCUCUUCGUGUCGGGUUCCUAAAUCUGUAUCAGAAGAUGGCGAGCCGGAGGAGGAGACGGAGACGAGAGAGAAAAGCUCUCCUGCUACCGAGAAACCAUCGGAAAUGAACCCUCGUCGAUCGUCAAUCUUUGACAUGCGGUCAGAGUGGAUCUGA